AUUUCCUUGUGGUCCCUCUUGGUGACUCUGGUGAUCCUGUUCAUUCUGACCGGGACCAUGCUGGGCCCAGAUCUGAUGGCACAUAUUCCUGCAUCUGUCUAUGCCAUUGCGGUGCUGAUGCCUCUAGCGGGGUAUGCCUUGGGAUACGGCUUAGCCACGGUCUUUAAAAUGCCCCCACACUGCAGGAGAACAGUGUCGUUGGAAACAGGGUGCCAAAAUGUCCAGCUCUGCACCGCCAUCCUAAAACUCACCUUCCCCCCGGAGCUCAUUGGGAGCAUGUACAUGUUUCCCUUGCUUUAUGCGCUUUUUCAGUCGGCAGAAGCGGGACUCUUUGUGCUGAUAUACAAGAUGUAUGGGAGAGACAGCUACAAACAAGAUACGCUGGGUGAAGAGGAAGACACGGAUAUUUCCUACAAGAAACUGAAGGAGGAGGAGGUGGCUGAUACUUCUUACGGCACAGUGACCACGGAGGAGCGCAACUCUGUUCAGAUGGAGCCGACACAGACGGCGCUUUAG